AUGUCCGAUACCCCAUCAGAUACUCAGUCCGUCUUCUGGAUGGACAUCCAACCGAAUAUGGCUGAUGCUAAACUCAUUGAAAGUCUGAUGAAGAGGUCUGGCAGCUCUAGAAAGAGAGCAAUCACUUUGUUAAAGAUUUGCAAUAACGAUGUUGACGAGGCCGUGAAACAUCAUCGUCUCUUGGAAUCGUACACUCAAGACUUGAUAGACGAAUCUCCAUCAUCAACGCCGGAAUUUUUGGAGCUUGCGCAAAGCGAUCCACCAUCCAGGGGCCCUUUAAGUUCACGAUCUAAUUCCGUCAUGUCCCAUAGAACAUCCUCGGAUAUGGGAUACCAGAGUGACGCCCACGUGUCCAUACAUAGUGCAGCUGGAGACGGCGCUCCCAAAGAAUGGGAUUUUACCUUGCCUCGUCUUCCUUGGUUGGAAAUCUCCACGGAGGAUGAUUUCAGUCCCGAUAGCCUUGCCGCAGCCAUUCAGCAUGGUGCCACGGCUUAUCGUCUCCGAAGCUAUCUAAACACCUACGAUCCAAGACUUCUCGGGCAGGAUAUCAAUGCCAACGUCAUGGGGUUUCCUCUCAUCUUCUAUGCCGUUGAGUCAAACGACGAGAAUAUGGUACGGCUCUUGACCGAGUUUGGAGCCAGUGUGAGUGCUGUAUAUGAGGCUUCUCAGGUCCCCUUAUUAGCAUUUGCCAUCAUGUGUGGAGAGACGCUGCAGCUUGACACGACAAACAUGGUUUGCGUUCUUCUUAGCAAAGGCGCUUCCGCCAACUCCAUUCCAAUGGAUUUGUUUGCACCAUAUCUACGGGACGAAGCCACAAGCACCGGGCAGAAAGGCAAGAAUGUGAUAAGUGCUGCUGCAGAGACUGCGUGGUGCUCUCCAGCCACACAGACCAGGCUCGCAGGGAACAUUAAUCUCACCCAGAGGUACUUUCUGGAAAAGUCCACGAAGAUGAAGCCACCCUCGUUAAAAAUGCGGCAGAUUGCUGGGAUUAAAAACUGCCAGGGGUUGCUGGGUAUCCCGUAUUUCCUGGUCAGCCAAACCGUCGCCAGCGAGCUCCUCAUCCAGAGGCUGCUCACUCACCUCAUGAUGCCCGCUAAACAGCCAUUGGUGUUGUGCUUUGCCGGCCCCAGUGGCCACGGAAAGACUGAGUUGGCACGACAACUCGGCCAUCUGCUGUCUCUGGACUUGGAAGUGGUUGAUUGCACCACAUUCACUCAUGAGAUGGAGCUAUUUGGGCCCAGGGCGCCUUACCAUGGCUAUCAAAAAGGAUCGGCAGUCAACAACUUUCUUGUGGAGCAUUCUGGGAGACAGUGCAUUGUUUUCUUGGAUGAAUUUGAGAAGACGACGGCAGAGAUCCACCAAAGUUUGCUGCUUCCAUUUGACAAUGGUGAAUACAGAGACAGACGGACGGGUGAUAGGAUUAAUUGCUCCAAUACAAUUUGGAUCAUGGCCACAAACGCCCUUGAUGAUACCAUUCUUGACUUUUAUGACCAUAACGACGCCAUUGCUGGUGACGAUGCGGGUGAGAGAGUUCGGCUGCUCAGGAAGCUUUGCCAGCAGCUACAAGAAGGGUUUCUUCAGAAAUUCGGUAUGGCUGACUUGGAUACUCAGGCGCCCGUGACAGGACGCAUCUCAGACUUCAUUCCCUUGCUCCCCUUCUCUGCUGGCGAACAAGCCGUCAUCACCCACAAGUGCUUAUUAGAGUUGGCACAGGAACUGCGUUUGCCUAUAAGCCUCAUCAAGGGACCAGGAGAGCGGCUCAUCGGUGAUAUCAGGCUGCUGAUUCGAAGAGAUGGCACCGUGUGCUCGACUCUUGCAAAGGCACAUUAUCACAACAAAUUAGGAGCACGCAGUCUAAAGGCGGGCGCGGAAAAGGUCAAGCGGAUUGUUCUGGAUGCGUAUCUUGAUGACGAUGAGGAGAUUGAGGAGCAGAACUCUUUGCGAGAUGUUGUCAUUAACGUGGAUGGUGGGGAGAUUGUUGGCAAGUUUCUGCCGGUUGCGAAGACAGCUGCUUAA